CUUGAACUUGUUUUGUGUCAUUUUGUAUCAUGUCGACAGACUUAGUUACAGCACUUCUUUAUUCAACUUCAUACUUGUCUCAUAACUAUGUCAUAUAACUGUAAAUUAAAAAUGGAUCAUCAUAGAAAUCAAGAUUCUCAUGAUCCAAGUAAAAAUACAAUUGAAUUUACUAUCAACGAUGUGGUUUAUAAAGUUGACGAUAAUUUAACACCACAAACAUCACUCAAUGUAUUCAUACGUGAUCACGCGAAUUUACGUGGUACAAAAGCAAUGUGCCAUGAGGGUGGAUGUGGUGCAUGUAUUAUUACAGCAAAUAUUAACGAUGAAAUUUUGGCGGUUAACUCAUGUCUUGUACCUGUUAUUAUUUGCAAUGGAUGGAAAAUCACAACGAUUGAAGGCUUGGGAAAUAAAAAAAAAGGUUACCACAAAAUUCAAGCUGUACUUGCUGAAAUGAAUGGAUCACAGUGUGGAUUUUGUUCACCUGGUAUGGUUAUGAAUAUGUACAGUCUGUUCCAGAAAAACAAUUUAACAAUGAAAGAAGUAGAAAAUUCAUUUGGUGGUAAUAUAUGUCGUUGUACUGGUUAUCGUUCAAUAUUGGAUGGAUUUAAAGGUCUUGCAAUUGAUGCUGAGCCUGAUCUUGCUAAAAAAAUUCAAGAUAUUGAGGAACUGUACGAGCUUAAAAAAUGUCCAAAGACUGACAAAGCUUGUAAUAAUAAAUGCAAAAAGCUUAAAUCACAUAAAAAAAGUAUUAACAUGAAGUUUGGUAAUACUAAAUUCUACAAAACAACGAGUAUUAAUGAAUUAUUUUCAAUUUUUAAUGAAAAUAAAAACUUGAGUUAUAUUUUAAAUGGAGGAAAUACUGCACAUGGUGUUUAUCGAAUAGAAAAACCAAAUAUGUAUAUUGACAUCAAUGACAUAAAUGAUUUACAUAAUAUUAAAAAAACCAAUUCAAGUUUGACUCUUGGUGGUAAUGUCACACUGACAAUUGCCAAAAAGACUUUUAUAAAAUUUUCAAAGGAUCAAGGCUUUCAACAUCUUCAACAUAUGGCCAAUCAUGUUGACCUCAUUGCAAGUGUACCUGUUCGUAAUAUUGGGACUUUGGCUGGAAAUCUGAUGAUAAAGCACAAACACCACGAGUUCCCGUCGGAUCUGUUUCUGAUGCUAGAAACCGCUGGGGCAGAGCUACAUAUCCUAAAUUCACCGUUGGAAAAAAAUACUUUUAAUUUAAUUGAUUUUUUAAAAAUUAAUAUGAAACAUAAAAUAAUAUACAGCAUUGUCAUACCGGCAUUAAAAUCUGAGCAUGAAUAUAGAUCUUACAAGAUAAUGCCAAGAUCACAAAAUGCUCAUGCCCAUGUAAAUGCUGGAUUUCUUGUUAAAUUAAAUAACGAAGGUGUACUACUGGAGCGACCAAAUUUAAUAUUCGGCGGUAUUAAACAUGACUUCCAACAUGCAUUGGCAACUGAAAUUUUUUUAACUGGCAAAUGUAUAUUUGAUGAAAAUGUAUUUAAAGAAGCAAUAAAAGUGCUUGAUUCUGAAUUGAAACCUGAUCAUAUUUUACCAGAUUAUUCACCCAAAUUCAGAAUGACUCUAGCAGAAGGAUUAUUUUACAAGUUUAAAACCAAAUUUAUUUGAUGAAAAAUAUCGUAGUGGUGGUUAUUUAUUGGAACGUGAUAUAUCAUCUGGAAAACAUGAUUAUGAUACAGAUAAAAAUAUUUGGCCAGUUAACAAACCUCUUCCAAAAAUUGA